CUCUCCAUCACCCCGGAAAUGAGCAAGCGCUUCCAGCACUUUUCCAAGUACCGCAACUCGGUCCUCACGGCCGCCCGACGAGAGGAAUGGUAUGCCUUGCCUCCGGCCUCGGCGAGCACCUCUGGAGAGCAUAACCCCGUCAAGUCCAAUGGCCAUCAUAUUGCAUUUCGAUCUGGAAGCGGUUCCCUCGUCAACCUGGUGAACCUGAACAAGACCGGCAAACUGCACCCCGACGAUGUGGUUUCGCUCAACCACGGCUGCCUGGUAUCCGAUAUUGAUUUCGGACCGGCCCAAACUCUUGCCAGCGCCGGAGACGAUGGAUUGGUGAAGCUGUGGUCCACCAGCGGCGCCGACGCCUUCACCAAUCUAUCGACACUCAACUCUGGCUCGGGUGGAAAAAGAGUCGAGUCUGUCCUAUUCCAUCCCACUGCCGAUGGCAUCCUCUCGCUUUCAACUGGUAGUCAGAUCCAAGUCUGGAACAUCCACCAAUCCACGCAGCUGUUUCAGCUGCCAGCGGACGAGUCGCCUGUCCAGCACUUUGCAUGGAGUCUCGAUGGAAGUUUGUUGGCCGCUGCAACCAAGGACAACUCGAUGCGCAUUUACGAUCCGCGUGGCAGCACUUCAGCUGUCUCGAAGGGGCUGAUUCAUGACGGAAUUAAGCCAUCCAGACUUGUCUGGGUUGACGGCACGACAACUCUCUUCUCAACCGGAUUCAACAAGAAGCGAGAUAGAGAAUACGCCCUCUGGGACACUCGAAAUGCAUCCAAGCCUUUGGUUUUAAAUCGUCUGGAUACCUCACCCGGAAUUGUCACCCCACUCUACGAUCCGGAUACCAGCAUAGUAUUCCUUGCUGGGAAGGGCGACACCACAGUUAAAUGGGUCGAACUCAAGGCCGAAGAUCCAUAUGUGACUGCGGGGCUGUUGGGAUACUCUGGUAAAGAGGUCCUCAGUGGCGGCUGCAUGAUUCCAAAGUACUCAACCAAUGUUAUGGCCUGCGAGAUCGCUCGACUUUUGCUCCUUGGAAGCGACGGAACAACCAUUGUGCCAGUUUCCUGCACAGUUCCACGAAAGACCAACUUGGACUUUCACAGUGACAUCUUCCCAGAUACUCGUGCACCCGAGCCCGUGCACACCAUCGACAGUUGGAUGUCCAAAGAAGAUCGACCCGCUAGACUCAUUUCUCUCGACCCCAAGAAGAGAACCUAUCCGACCACCCCCUCUACAUCAGCUAGCAUAGGUGCAUUGACCACCGCUACCGGUUCACUUGGCCUUACUUCUGGGGCUCAAGUGGACCCCACACCCGCUCCUAUAAAGACAGUUCCCGUCCAGUCAGCCUCCUUGAACGGAAGUCUGGCGCCACGCAUCAUCACUGUCGUGGAUUCUGGUGCAAGCCCGGCCCGCGUUCCCUUGGUCGCGAGCAGCACAGUCGCCGCUGAGGCGGUGCACGAGGUCAAGCCGAUUAUCGCAAAGCACUCCAAUUACAGAUUCGUGACGGGCAAGGCCGUACCCAAGUUUACCGAUCUUCGACAGCUCAACGUCAGCCUGCCGAUUGAAAGUAACUUUUUAGAGGUUAGCGACAAAUUGAUUGCCUUCCCAAUCACUGGUCCUGGUGGUCGGAUUGCCGUCAUCAGGGCCGAUCAGCCCAAGAGGUUCGACCCCAAAAUCCCCGCGGUACUCUCUGGCUCGGACGUUACGAGCUUCAAGUUUGACCCCUUUGAUGGCCACAAACUGGUUGCUGGCAGCGACGAUGGCAAGAUUCGGAUUUGGCAGAUCCCGGAGAAAGGCUUGAGCGACGAUAGCCUUGAACCUACUCAGGUGCUCUCUGCCCACGGCAAUAGAGUUCUUGCCCUUUUGUUCCAUCCAAUCGUCAAAGAUGUGCUUCUGUCGGCAUCAAUUGAGCAGGAUGGCCCAAAAAUCAAGAUAUGGAACAUGCAGACCCUUCAGGCAACCACCCAGAUACCUCUUCCAGAUCUGCCGCUUGGUGUUGUUUUUAGCCUCGAAGGUGACAGGAUUGUGGCCGCCUGUCGUGAUAAAAUCAUUCGAAUCUACGACGCCUUGACCGGAGCCCUCAUCAAGGAGGGUCCCUCGCACGACGGAACGAAGGGGUGUCGCUUGGCAUGGCUCGCAGGCAACACUCGGUUUGUGACUGUGGGAUAUGGCAGGACAAGCACCAGAGAAGUCCGAAUCUACGACGUCGACAGACUCAGUGGGCCGAUCUAUACCCUCGAGCUGGAUAUCUCGCCGUCAUUACUGAUUCCUCACUUUGAUGAAGAUACUUCGCUCCUCUACCUCGUUGGCCGGGGCGAAAGCUUCAUUCAAAUCUGCGAGGUCUCCAAGGACCAAGAUUCUGUCCAAGUGAUUGCGCGCUUUGACGGCAGCGCGGUCCAGCAGGGUCUUGGUUUCCUUAGCAAACGCCAGUGCAACGUGGCUGAGAUCGAGAUUGCUGUCGGAUGGCGACUAACUUCAAGUGGGGUCGAGUCCAUCUCCUUUACUGUACCGCGCCUCAAGAAAGAGUACUUUCAAGAUGACAUCUUCACUCCAACCCGGGUAACUUGGGAGCCCCUCCUGACAGCUCUGGAGUGGAUUGGAGGCCAGAAAAAGGAAGCCAAGUAUCUCGACCUCCGCCCGAACCACAUGACACCUAUCUCUCAGGCAGUUGCGGUGCAGCCUUCUGUACCAAUCCGACGCGGACCCAAGCCCAAAGAGCUCACCGAGGAUGAGAAGAAAUCGCAGCUGCUGUCUCAAAUGAGAGCCAAUGCCAUCGAUGACGAUGAGAAUGAAGUCCUGCAGCAAGACAAGAUGGAGGGUGUCGACGAUGCCGAAUGGGACGACUGAGCACGUUCCUUCAAGAACGGUGGCUCGCCCACCCGCAUAUCGCUGAUCGAUCUCCUCAGGACUCUCAAUUUAUAUCAAUACAAUUGCGUUCGCUACUA